UUGCAUAGAGUGCAUAACCGUAAAAAAAUGAGCUAUAACAAUUCUUCAAAACAUUUUGAUUAUCCGCUGUGUAAUGAUGAAACAAUCGACGUUUCUUGGGUUCCAGCAGGACUUGCUGAUUUCUUUGCUGUUUUUGGAAAUAUACUGGCAUUCAUUCUCCUAUGGAGCAACAGGAAAAACCAUCAAUGGCGUUCGUUUUACGUUCUGUUUGCUUUCCUUUCUGUAUUAGACUGUCUGGGUGUCAUUGUUUUGUUUCCUUUUGCGAUGAAAAGGUACGCAUCCAAUUUUGAAUGGUGCUUUACAACAUCAAUUUGUCAGUUAACAUCUGUUCUACUUGUUGGAGCCCAUUUGACAUCGGGAAUGAUAAUCUGUGCAAUGUCCUAUUGCCGCUACAAAAAUCUUGGACUCGACAUAGAACAACAAUGCAGAACCUUUGAGAAAAAAUAUUUCAUUCUCGGAGUCACCAUAAUUGUCGUUGCGUAUUCGAUUUCUUUCAUACAGUUGCAAUCCAGCAGCUCUACGGCAUUGAUGUACCCAGGAACUUGGUGUUACUUUAACUUUGUUAAUCCCUCUGGAGUAGAUCAAGCUAUUUCUUUCAUUUAUUCGAUUCUGGGGAUCUUUUUUGUAGCAUCCACAACUGUACUUAACGUAUUUACGACAAGAAGAGUUGUCCGCGAUCCAACCCAAAAAACAAUUCUGGCUGAGCGCCAGGCGGUGUCUGGUUUCUAUGACGUACACGUUAUCGUCUUCUUGGUAGCGGUCACGGUGGUGUCUAUCAUUUUUUGGAUUCCAUUUCUGGUCGUUGUACUCUUACAUGCAACACAUGCACUGUCAACAAAUGAGGCUGAAGAACUAUGGUCAGUGCGAUUGGUGUUUUGGAAUGCAGCCUUAGAUCCUUGGCUGUACAUCAUUUUACGGAGUGAAUCAAUUCUUCGAAUUCGGAGCUGUUUUCUAUCUUUGUGGAAUUUCUGCAGAAGACGAGAAGAAAACGAGGAUGAGGGCCUACUCUAAGUUGCUUGAAAAUUCUGGAAAAAUCAACUGAAGUGUCGCUGACUGGUAGUUUUUGUAGCAUUAAUGUUUUUGGAGUGAAAACUAUUCUGCGGAGGCAACCACUAGAAAGACCAUUUACCACAUUUUGAAGAAUUAUUUUUAAUUCAGGGAAAAUGAUUACUCUCGGUGAUUAUAAGUUAUGUCUUCAGUACAUAAUGUUACAGAACAUCAAUAAUUAUAAAUAUAACCUCUUUUUCACUUUUCUGUCUUUUUUUUUUGUCUGAAUGAUUUCAUGGCUGGAAAAUUGCAGAUAGUUGGUUGAGUUCUGUUUUCUUUUCUUUUUUUUUCAAAAUUGCAAUGUCCUGAGAAAGGAAUGGGUUUUAGAAUAUGCAACAUUUAUAUUGAUCACUAUCAUGUAACAAUAUAAGCAAAAUUUUAUGUUUUUUUUUUUAAAUUUGAAUAAUUGCAUUAAUGUGAAGUGUGCAAUUUAACAGAUUGUCUUGAUUAUACAUGUAUUACAUUUUCAUUAUUGUUAUGUCAGGUUUUGUUUUUGAAUUAAUUCCGUAUGAUUUAAUUGUUAUGUUUUAGACACUUUUCUCUUUGAAUGUGCUUCAUAUUAAUUUU